CGGUGAUGUGAGUGGUGGCGGUGGUGGCCGGUGGUAGCAGCGGCGGUGGUGGUGGUGGUGCUGCCGCUGGUAGUAGUGGUGCGGUUACAGUCGAUACGAGACGUGGCGAAGGCGUCGAGGAGUUUCUCGUCGGGGACGACGCGCGAGUGGUGCAUGUUGAUGGACAUAGAUUUACGUAAGAGCAACGACGGCAACGACCUGCCCGUCUGUCUAGUAGUGACGUCGUAUGAACUAGUCGCGUAUGCGCACGUGUGAUAUCACCAAUGGAUACUUGAUACAGUGGUUGAUCGAAAAUCCGAGGGGAUGCUGUUUGGGCUCGCCGAACGGAGUGUGUUACUCGAAGCGAGAACGAAAGAAUGCAAAGUGAAUAUAUGCAGUCGCUAAAGGGAUGCUAACAAAGGACUCACGAAUGGACGAGACGGAUUCGUUCAACUUCGCUCCCUCUCGUGAUUCGUCACGCUGCGCAGCAAGGAUUCCAGAGAAUGGUGUGGGUUCAUAUAAGCUUCGAGGCGCGCGAGAUGUAUAAAAGGAACAUUAGCCAGUGAAAGGAGAAUCGAAUGUAAAAUACGAUAGGGAAAGAGAGAGAUAAAAGUGCGACGAAGCGUGGAAACGCGGAAAAGAGGAAGAGAAUGGGCGUAAGAUCGGUCCCGAGAGGCUUUUCCAUGUGGACGAAGACAUUUCUCGGCCGUUGUUGAGGUGACGUAUGCGAAUCCCAAGUGUCAUCGGGAAAGUAGGUGUCGCGACAGAAAGAGAGAAAAGAGUCCAGUUGCAGAACGCCAAAAGUUUGCUACGACGACGACGACGACGAAGAAGACAAUAACGAUCCAUCAUGGGGGUCUCCGUAUUUCUACUGUACGCGGUGACGGUGCUCGGCGUAACGGCCAGCGGCGACAAGUGCGCCAACCAAUGUUCGUGCAAGUGGAAGAGCGGGAAGCGCACGGUGGAGUGCAUGGAUCGCUCCCUGACCAGUAUACCGGACGGAAUCGAUCCGGAGACCCAGGUGCUGGACAUGAGCGGCAACGAAAUCCGUCUCCUGCCGAGCAAUCUCUUUGUACAGGUACAGCUGACGAAUCUGCAGCGUCUCUACUUGCGUGAGUGCCGUAUCGACCGGAUCGACAGCGAGGCACUGGCCGGCCUCACGAAUCUCGUCGAGCUCGAUCUCAGCCACAAUCUACUUACUGCGGUGCCCAGUUCGAGUUUCACCGAUACGCCGUUUCUGCGCGACCUGGUACUCGCGAAUAAUCCGUUCGACAAAAUUCACUCGCACGCGUUCAAGAGCACACCGAAUUUAGUUAAGCUCGAUUUGUCACACACGCAGCUCGUUGAAAUCGAAUCGAAGGGAUUCGUUGGACUCGAGCUGCUUGAGAGUCUCAAGCUCAACAACAAUCAAUUGUUUACUUUGCAUCCGGGCACAUUCGAGCCGCUCAAGAAACUUACUAGCAUCGAGUUGCACGAUAACCCCUGGACUUGCGAUUGCCACUUGCGUGAGAUGAAAAUGUGGCUCGUCAAGCAUAACGUGCCGACCCUCGUGGCGCCUGUAUGCCACGGCCCUCAACAGUUGCUCGAUCGUGCCUUCACCGACCUCGAUAUAGACGACUUCGCUUGUCGGCCGGUUCUGUUAAUAGCCAGCCGUUACGCUGAGGCGACCAUCGGCGAGAAUGCCAGUAUCGAGUGCCGCGUGAGCGCGGUACCGCCUGCGAAGGUCAAGUGGUACUGGAACGGUCGGUUGCUGGCGAAUCACUCAGCAUUCAGCAGCUAUCAAAAGAUCCUCAUCUUCGAGGAGGGUCUUCAAUUUAGGAAGAAGAGCACUCUUGUUCUUACCAACGCCCAGGAGGCGGAUUCGAGCGAAUUUUAUUGUGUUGCCGAGAACCGCGCCGGUAGCGUCGAGGCCAAUUUUACCUUGCACGUGUCCCUAAGAACCGCGGGUAUGUCGACUCUGGGUACGGGCCAGAUCGCGGGUAUAUCGGCCGCGUUAGUCGUACUCAUAUUAAUCAUCCUGCUGAUCAUUCUCGUGCUAUUUGUGCGUCUGCGACGAAUGCCGCUGAAGGACAUCAAGUCGUCGGCGCCGAUGGAGGCGACGUCCGGCGACGGUACCGGCAACGGCAGCACAAGCGACAACAAUCCACCAUCCGCUACAUCGACCACUCGCAGGAAGCACGAAGAGAUCGAGACAACGUCGUUCGCUCUAGAGUCGAAGCCUCCCGCCUCGUUGCACCUGAGUUACGUGCAGAGACCGCAAGCGGCUGUGGUGCAGGAGACUGAGUACAGUACCAUCAGCCGUUUUGAUGAUCAGAAUCAGUCCACCGUAGCAGCGAUACCGGGCGCCGGGUGUUUCUCGUCCACGACGUCCCUGAUGCCGAUCGAUAAUCCGGAUCUCAUCAGGGACACCCGGCGCGGUUCCGCCGAGGAUAUCGCAUCUUACAGCGUCGCCGAUUACAGCCGCGUCGGGACGAUGGAUGACGCUGGCAAGAUGCUCUACUCUAGCUGCCUGUGGGAAGCCCGGGACACCACCUGCGGUAGGACGUCCACCGUUCCGGUGAGCGCGUACCACCCGUCGAAGGAACAGCUCGCGGUGGUCGCGGCGCCAAUUGUCGAGCAGUUCCCGCCCGGCGCGAAGCAGAUGCGUGUCUGGCAGAAGGGUGUCCCGGUGCUGCCGCCGGUCUCGGCGUUAAAACGUGUCCUUGGAUCCACGCGCAGCUCACCUGACGAGGGCUACCAGGAGGGAACCGGCACCGACGUCUAGGUACCGCUACUUCAUUACUGCGACGCCCGGCACCGUUACCUGGAACUGCGUAGGAGGCAUCAGGAGGACGACACCGAUUGCUAAAAGAGAAGAAAGAAAAAGAUCGUCCUCGCGAGUGUCGGACGGGCAGUAGUGAAACAGGAGCAAGAAUGUGUGUCGGACAAAUCUCGCUUCGAGUGUGAUCGCGACCAGUGUGACGAUGACCGAUAACGCGCGCCAUUGUCGUGCGCGAAAGGACAUAGUCGAGACACCGUUCUCCGCUGCUGCGGACGAAAAUGUACGCCAGAGUUCACAAUCGUACAUACAGUAAUCGAAGAUACGAUACUUUAUUCAACGGUAUUACCCCGGUAUCUCAUUUAAUCAGUGAUACGGAUUCAAAUCAGCACCACGAUACCCUGCAAUCAGGAAGUGUUGCAGGAAGAAUCCGUCUAACGGCGUGGUGUAUGACGACGAAUAAGAAAAAUAAAUAAGAAAAAGUAUAUAGAAAUAUUUCUUUUAUUUUACGAGAGAGAAUGUGAGACGACGAGCAUGCAUACAAUUGCGACCGUUUAGAGGGCAUAGACGUAUCUAUAUUUCCAAUUACACACUUUUUUGAAGGUAUACAUAAUAGAGCAGAACAUACCGUUUCAAGACGAGGAGAUUAUUGGUAAAGAAAGGAAAAAAAGAAUGAAGAGAGAGUGAGAGAGAGAGAAAGAAAGGGUGCGCAUAAAGGAUACUGUCAUAAACUCACAUGUACGGUAAAAUCAUGUGCUAUAACGACAGUUGUCGAAAUAAAAUUCUUUUCGAUCGAA